AUGGAGAUACUACAAACAAAAACAGGCUAUGAUGCAGAACAAUUGCCAGUCACCAACGUUGUUAACCUUGCAGUAGAGUGUUUCGAUGAUUUUGAAGGAACUCCUAUCCCUUCCGAGUGGCAAUCUCGUUACAAUGCCUCUUUUGCAUUAUUAAACCUUUCGUUGUCAAUGAUAAAUCUUAUUACUUUAUCAUUAGAUGGAUCGGGCAAUUUCAAACGCAUUAGUGAUGCGAUUGUAGCAGCUCCUAACAAUUCCAAUACGAGAUUUUAUAUUCAUGUAGCCCCCGGUACUUACCAUGAAGCUAUUCAAAUUCCAAAGGCUAAGAAGUUCAUUGCUUUGAUAGGCGAUGAUGCAUUCACGACCAUUAUCAUAGACAACAGAAGUAAUGGAACCGGAUUCAAGACCAACAACUCUGCAACCCUUACCGUCCAAGGUGACAACUUUAUGGCAAAAUCUUUAACGUUCGAAAACUCAGCUGGACCUCAAAACGGUCAAGCAGUAGCGGUCUUCGACAAAGCCGACCACACUGCUUACUACAAGUGCAGAUUUUUGGGUUUUCAAGACACGUUAUAUGUCAACGGAAAGUACCAAUUCUUUAAGGAGUCUAACAUAUAUGGAAGCGUUGAUUUCAUCUUUGGACAUGGGCGAGUAAUGUUUCAAGAUUGCAAUAUAUAUGCUCGGAUGCCGAGCAAUUCUAUCACAGUCACAGCACAAUCCAAAGAUUUUUUACGGUCUAUCAGCGGUUUUUCAUUUCAAAACUGUACGGUCACAGUUUCACCUGAAAUAUCUUCAAAUAAACAAAACGUUAAAGUCUUUUUGGGUCGUCCAUGGAGACAGUAUUCAAACGUUGUGUUUAUGGAAUCAUUUCUCGAUGAUGUGGUGGCGUCGGAAGGGUGGAUGGAGUGGAAAGGGGUACCAGUUAACAACUUGUUCUAUGGAGAGUUCAACAACUUCGGUCCUGGGGCUGACGUUUCCAAAAGAGUUAAUUGGACUGGCUAUCAUUUAUUAGAUAAGAAAUCAGCCAUUGGUUUUACAGUAGAUAACUUUAUUGAUGGAUCUGAAUGGUUGGCUGAAACGGGGAUUCCGUUUAGACGGGGACUCCUUACCUAA